AUGAGCAGCUACGAGCAACAAAGGGGUGGUGAAGUCAGAAGCCGGUGGUUGGAAGUGCGUGGUAAGGUGCAGAAGGUGAUGUUUCGUCAGACGGUAAUUCGAGCCAUGCAGAAGCGUGGACUAGAGGGAGGAGCCAGCAACGACCGCCAGGAUAAAAAUCUAGUUCGAAUAACCAUGCGCGGAAAUCCAGAUCAAAUGGAAGAGAUCGUGACUGCUUUGCGCGAGGGCAAUCCUAUUAAUGACUGGGGUGCUAUGGCCACUAGUGUUGAGGAUGUGGAUAGUGAAAGCGGCAUGGUUAUGGAGGCUCAUCAAGUGACUACAACCACGGUUGACAAUCGAAGCUGGAACCCGAACGUGACUAUGUUUCUUUAA